AAAAGAAACAGAUAUGUUAUGAAAGUUGUAGGUAGAUUUACGUGCAAUGCGCGGCGUGCGUGAUGUUCGCACUAAGCGUGCUUUUGUUCAUGACAGUGUUAGACUGUGUACCUUCUUUCGAUGUGUAUCAUCACCAGUUCGCGGUCCAUGUCCCGGGAGGCUCCGAGAGAGCCACAGACAUCGCUCAUCGACAUGGUUUUAUCAAUCACGGACAGAUUGGAAGUCUGAAGAACUUUUACCUACUAUCACACUCACAUGUUAGCAAAAGAUCGCCCAACGCGAGCUUAGACCACGUCAAUAGACUAAAAAAUGAUCCACAGGUAAGAUGGGUGAUGCAACAGCGGGAGCUUCGGAGGACGAAGAGGGACCACCAGUGGCGGCCGAGACAUGUCAUGCGGCAGACCAGUACGCCCUCCUUCCCUGACCCAUUGUUCAAAGAACAGUGGUAUUUGAAUGGUGGAGCAGCAGAUGGUCUAGAUAUGAAUGUAGGGUAUGCCUGGAGGAAGGGAUACACGGGAAAGGGAGUAGUCAUCACAAUAUUAGACGAUGGAAUACAACCUAAUCAUCCAGAUCUCAAGCAGAAUUACGACCCGGCCGCUUCGACGGACAUAAACGGGAACGACACGGACCCCACGCCGCAGGACAAUGGGGACAAUAAACAUGGCACCCGGUGCGCUGGAGAGGUCGCCGCGGUCGCCUACAAUCGAUAUUGCGGUGUUGGCAUCGCGUACAAUGCCAGCAUUGGAGGCGUCAGAAUGCUCGACGGCCUUGUUAACGACGCAGUGGAAGCACAAGCACUCGGAUUUAACACCCAUCACAUAGACAUCUACAGUGCGUCGUGGGGACCCGAGGAUGACGGGAAAACCGUCGACGGCCCCGGCCCCUUAGCUAGAAGGGCUUUUAUAAAUGGAGUAACUAACGGAAGGGCAGGGAAAGGUUCUAUUUUUAUAUGGGCGUCGGGUAACGGCGGAAGGCAUACGGAUUCCUGCAAUUGCGACGGGUAUGCCAAUAGUAUAUUCACUAUUUCUAUAUCGAGUGCUACUCAAGGAGGCUAUAAGCCAUGGUACUUGGAAGAGUGCUCUUCUACAUUAGCGUCUACGUAUAGUUCUGGAACUCCAGGCAGAGAUAAGAGUGUAGCUACGGUAGAUAUGGAUGUGCAAUUAAGGCCUGACCAUUUGUGUACAGUUGAUCACACUGGCACAUCAGCCUCCGCUCCUUUGGCCGCAGGUAUAUGUGCUCUUGCAUUAGAAGCUAACCCCUUACUCACAUGGAGGGAUAUGCAACACCUAAUUGUAAUGACGUCAAGGACGCAACCCUUGGAAAAAGAGGAGGGUUGGAUUGUGAACGGUGUAAAAAGGAAAGUGAGUCACAAAUUCGGGUACGGCCUAAUGGAUGCCGCUCAAAUGAUCACAUUAGCCGAACAGUGGACGAGCGCGCCACCGCAACAUAUUUGUAAGUCACAAGAAAUUAACGAAGACAAGAAUAUAGAGACUUCUUUCGGCUACACGAUAUCAGUGCAUAUGGACGUGAAUGGCUGUAGCGGAACAAUGAACGAGGUCAGGUUUUUGGAACAUGUUCAAUGUAAGAUUUCACUCAGCUUUUUCCCGCGAGGAAAUUUACGGAUACUGCUUACGUCACCGAUGGGUACGACGUCCACCCUUUUAUUUGAGAGAACACAUGACGCGACGAGUUCCAACUUUGACGACUGGCCGUUUUUAAGCGUCCAUUUUUGGGGCGAAAACGCCGAGGGUCGAUGGAACCUUCAAAUCAUAAACGCGGGUAACAAUCAUGUGACUCAACCGGGGAUUUUGAAGAAAUGGCAGUUAAUAUUUUAUGGCACUGCCACAAAUCCCAUUCAGCUACGGAGCAGCAAUAAGAGUCAUUUUAAUUCACAUAGCGUAUACCAACAAGAUAAAACGUACCAUGUGAACGAUGUUUACGACGCAUCUGAAUAUUCACAAUUCCUCAAUGAAAUCGAACUUGGUAUUUCAGAUAAGCGUAGUUACCCCAAAAAUAUUCCUUCAGCGCAGCGGAAAAAUGUUUUAGCGGAUGCCAACGACAAACAGGUUCAAAGGUUAUGCGAUCCGGAAUGUGAUUCGCAGGGUUGCUACGGGAAAGGUCCAACUCAAUGUGUCGCUUGUAAGCACUAUCGUCUCGACAAUUCUUGUGUAUCCAGAUGUCCGCCUAGGAGUUUUGUGAAUCAAGGCGGAGUGUGUUGGCCAUGUCACGAAUCCUGUGAGACGUGUGCUGGUGCCGGUCAGGAUUCUUGCCUGACUUGUGCUCCGGCUCAUCUACUUGUCAUCGACUUAGCAGUUUGCCUUCAACAAUGUCCCGACGGCUACUAUGAAGAUCCUGACGCAGAUGCAUGUUUUCCAUGCGCAGAACAUUGCGAUACAUGCACAGAAAAGGCAGAUAUGUGUUCGUCGUGCGCCCACAGUUAUGUAUUAUAUAACGGAUCGUGUCUAGCCGCCUGUCCGCCUGGCACUUACCAGAAAGAUGAUUUUGGAUGUAUGCCAUGUCAUGAAACAUGCGAAUCUUGCAACGGACCCAGCGAGAAUGCGUGCGUUUCAUGCCGAAUAGGGGAUUACGCAUUCAAAGGCCGUUGCGUAUCAAAGUGCCCUACGGGGUAUUAUGCAGACACGCAGAGAAGGGAAUGUUUACCGUGCCCCAUCGGAUGUUCCAUUUGUACGUGUGCUGUUUGCUCUGUAUGCCAAGAGAAAUGGAUCCUCACAAAAGGGGGAAAUUGUCUCCCAAAUGGAAACGACAAAUGCGACACCAGUGAAUAUUUUGAAGGAGGUCGCUGCAAAAACUGUCAUUCGACUUGCGAAAAGUGUAGCGGGUCAAACGAGUGGGACUGUUUAUCUUGUUCGAGCCCUUUGUUAUUGCAGGGUUCGAGAUGCGUCGCAGAAUGUGGACAGGGGUAUUACCAAACAGCGGGGAGGUGUUCCAAAUGUCCGCACACCUGCUCGAGUUGUGUAUCUAGAUUGAACUGUACGUCUUGUGCUGGUGCCUUAAGGUUGCAAUCUGGAACGUGUCGAGCGACUUGCGCGCCAGGAUAUUACCCGGAUGAAGGAACUUGUUCCAAGUGCUACUUGUCAUGUGAGACUUGUACUGGUCCUAGACGAGACCAGUGCGCCUCUUGUCCUCCUGAAUGGCGGUUGGCGGCGGGGGAGUGCAGGCCUGAAUGUCCGCAAAACUUCUUCCCCUGGCAGGAGAGUUGUCGGCGCUGCCAUCAUUAUUGCCAAGACUGCCAUGGAGCAGGACCGCAGAGGUGCACGUCCUGUCCACCACACUUCUCGUUAGAAGGAGGUCUAUGUGUGGAAUGCUUGAGCUCCCAAUACUAUGAGCCUCGAACAAGGACGUGUCGCCCAUGUCACGACUCCUGCAGAUCGUGUUCAGGCCCCGGCCCAACGAGUUGUGUAACUUGCGCUCAUCCACUCCGUUUAGAUAGGGUGAAUCACAAAUGCUUGCCUUGCUGUACGGAGAGUAUGGUGUCAGUUUACCAAAAUUUUAAUCAGACGACUGAUUGUUGUCAUUGUGAUAAGGACGUAGGGGGAUGCCUAAACGGUUCUUCGGCGGGCAAACGUCGCAUUGCGGAGAACAUUCGCACUCAUAUAAAACCAUCAUUUUUUGUUGACGACCACACAGAAACCAAUAUUCUGGACCGUAAUAUAUUGGUGACGGCAGCCUCCACGCUUCUUGUGAUGCUCGCUAUCGUGAUUGUUUUAAUGUUGAAGAUGAGGAAAGGAAAGCAUCGACAUCUGUAUCCGAAGACUGAGUACUCUCAACUGACUAGUGUUGAUGAAGACUUACUUCCCCUGACAUCACCGACGACUAUUCUGAAGGUGAAGGAGCAAGGUGUGAGUCAACUGGAGGAACCAACAUAGCAACCUUAUGUAUAACAAUGUAAAUCGUAAAUUACCUCUCUGUAGACAUUCUAUUAACAAGUCACUGUAGACAUGUGGUAUAUCGGCUUACUUCUCAAUCGGGGAGCGCCGUUUCGAACCUCGGUACCUGCCUUGCACCAAUGAGUUAUUAAUUUAAUUUAUCUUAAGUGCACUUUUGACUAACACAUUUGGCUCACCAUCUGAAAACUUGGUGACGUGUGGGUACUUAGUUCAUCUUGUUAUGAGUGUACCUAUGACUACCCCAAUUGGGAUAUAGUUGUAAGGUUUUUUUUUAUUUUAGGAAGAGAAAACAGAAUAAAAUAAAUAAAUAAAAUAUAUUUAUUGUUCCAAACAACUUAAAAACUAAAAGGUACAAUUAUAUGAUAAUGCUGAAUGACAUUCAGUACUUCUUAGAAUGUGGAAAUACCUACUGUUGACACAACUGGUACGAUAAAAAAUAUUUGUACUUUCUAUAGAGAGGUAAUCUAUGACAUAGGUCAGUGAUUCUCAAAGUAUACGGUCCCGACUCAAAAUUGAAUUAUCAAUAUAAUAUUCUGUGGUACAGCAGUUGAGCGAUAGGCUCAUGAUCCGGAGGUCCCGGGUUCGAAUCCCGAUGGGGACAUAUCACAGAAAUCACCUUGUGAUCCAUAGUUUAGUUAGGACAUUACAGGCUGACCACCUGAUUGUCAGAAAGUAAGAUGAUACGUGCUUCGGAAGGCACGUUAUGCCGUUGGUCCCAAUUACUACUUACUGAUGUAAGUAAGUAGUCGUUACAUGAGUCAUGUCAGGCCUUUGGUGGCUCACUCAUAACCCUGACACUAGGGUUGAUGGGGUUGGUAAUCCGUCUCACAACCCACACGAUAGAAGGAGAAGAAUGUAAUAUUUACCUCUAGAAACUUACUAAGUUACUGAUCGUAAAAGAUGCAAUGUGAGUAUGACGCGAUAGCGGAAUUAUAUUUCUUGAAAGUAUAUAAAAGUUCAAGUGAGUACAGGGGGGUUAAAAUGGCCACAUCGAAGCAAUUCAUCUAAGUAACCAAUAUUGCAAUUUGACAUUUGCGCAUAUAAAAGUAAGUGCACAAUGCAAACAAAUGUUAAAUAGCAAUAUUGCUUUCUUAGAUGAAUUGCUUCGAUGUGGCCAUUUUAACCCCCCUGAACAUGUUUUUAAAGGUUGAGAUGACUCAAGGAUAAUGUAUCUUUGGGAACCACUGAUAUAGGUAGAAUAUAUGCUGCAGACUGAUACGUAGAGGAUUGAAUAAACAAUUAAUGUUGUAAAUACUCGUAUUACUAUAUACCGAUAAAAUAACGUAUUAAUUGUAUGUGGCCAUUUCAAUUUAAUUUAUCCACGAAAUAUAUUAUGCAAGUAAUGAAAUUACUUACCGUUUUCUUCGUAUACUUUUUAGACUUUUAUUGGUGUUACAAAAAGUGUUUUGUUUAAAAAUAAUGUAUUAUUAAAAAUAAAAAUAUAUUCUUCACAAUCUCUAUUUUCAAAGAAAAAGAUUACAUAGCAUAGAAAUGAAAGAUGGCGUAAUUAAAAAAGAAAAUGAAAUGAAAUUUUAAGGAAAAUAAAACUAAUUGCUGGUUUUGACACGUAAGUAAAGAAAUAAUUAAAAUAUUUUCCUUGUCUUUUUGUAUCCAUACUCACAAAAUAUUAGUUCAAGAAAAAGUAAAUACGUCCCAAAUAAUAUUUUUAAUUACUUUUUGUUAAGUAUACUAGAUAAAUGUAUUAUCGGACCAGUGUAAAAUGGUUUUUAUGGGACCCAAACUCAUUUCGUUUGGUUGUUGCUGUCUAUUUAUGAUGGAAUUUUUUGGUGGUAAAACUUGUUUGAGCUAAAAAUAUUUUUUGUCAAAAUGAGGAGCAUAUAAACGGUAACAAAAAGCUUUUAUAUUGCCUUUGUGGUUGCAAAUUGUGGAAAAUAUGAUACCUUGUGAGUUUUAAAUCAUUGUUUCGAACGAAACAAAAUUGCGCUCCACGGUUAUUAAGUCUUAUUAUGUUAUGUUUUUUAUUUUAAAUAUUAAAACCGAAAUAACGUGUAUUGUUUACAUUUCGUACUUAUAGUUUGUGUACUUACACAAUUUUCCACUAUUACAAUGAAAGAACUUUGUAAAGUAUUUUUUUAUAUAAUUUGUUUUGGUCCUAUUAUUUUCGACUGUGAUUCUAAAAUGAUUUCUUUCCACUUGAGACAGAAAGCGUUUUUUCUUUAAUUUCACUUUUUUGGCACGUUAAGCCGUUGGUCCUGGUUACUACUUACUGAGGUUAGUAUGUAGUCGUUACAUGAGUCAUAUCACAGGCCUUUGGCGGCUCAAUAGUAACCCUGACACCAGGUUUGAUGAGCCUGGUAUUCCAAAUGUGAUUAUCCUUAUUUGUCUGAUUUUAUUAAUUAUCUAUUUGUAGGCGAACAGGUUUUUCGACCAAAAGCUAAUUUUUAACUAUAAAUGUUAUUCCACAAUGUGUUACAUGUUUCCUCAAUUAUAGAUUUUAGUGUUGACAUAUCUCGAUGUAUAUUUACUUU